AUGAAUCGCAGAAUGUGGUCAGAUCUUACCCUCUCCAUUGAGCCAGAAAAUAGAAGAGAUCUACUGAGAGUGAGAGAAGGGAAGAUGAGCUUCUUGAAGAUAUACAAGUUUUUGUUGCAUGGGGUGUUGAAGCUAGCUGGGAUAAGCCCCCGAACCAUAGAGAUCGAGCCAGGGACGAUUAUGAACUUUUGGGUCCCAACUGAAACCAUUAACAACACCAACACGAAAAGAAAAAAGCCUGCCGUAGUUUUCCUCCAUGGCUUUGGCUUUGAUGGUAUUCUAACAUGGCAAUUUCAGGCGUUAGCUUUGGCCAAAGAGUACUCCGUUUACGUCCCGGAUUUCCUCUUCUUCGGUGGUUCCAUCACUGACAAGACGGAGAGGUCGGUGGAGUUUCAAGCCGAGUGCAUGGCCAAGGGUUUGAGAAAGCUGGGUGUGGAGAAAUGUACCCUGGUGGGGUUUAGUUAUGGAGGAAUGGUUGGUUUCAAGAUGGCGGAGAUGUACCCUGACUUGGUUGAGUCCAUGGUGGUGACCUGCUCGGUUAUGGCCUUGACUGAGUCGAUCAGCAAUGCCGGACUUGAGCGGAUUGGGUUCCCAAGCUGGGCAGAUUAUUUGCUUCCAGUGUCAGUUAAGGGCGUUGAGACCCUCCUUCAAGUUGCUACUUACAGUUUCCCAAAGUUGCCUAAUUGGAUUUACAAAGACAUUUUGGAGGGGAUCUUUAUUUACAGAAAGGAGAAAGUCGAACUCCUUGAGGCUUUGGUCAUUAGUGACAAGGAAUUUACCAUUCCUUGUUACCAACAGAACAUAUAUCUUUUGUGGGGGCAGAAUGACAAGAUUUUUGACUUGGGCACCGCCCGCAACUUGAAGCAGCAAAUCAGAGAAAAAGCAAGUCUAGAAUACAUAGAGAAAUCAGGUCAUUUAGUUCAAUUGGAGCGACCAUUCGUGUACAACAGCCACCUCAAGAAAAUUCUUGCUUCCUUAUGGUCAAAAGAGAAAAGUCAUGCCACCGAUGCAUUUCCGCAGCCGAAAAAGAAAUGAUCACCUAAUCUUCGGAAUUGAAUUUUAUCUUGUUCACAUAUAAGCCAAAUCACCCACAAUGAUAGUAUCUAAGGGUACCUUAGGUUUGCGCUGUCGGCAGGCCUUGAUGCUUUUAUAGUGUAUUUGUUCUGUUUUUCGAUACAAUUCUUCAUUUCUGGGUAUUAAGCAUAUAAGCAUAUGCAGACAAGAUAAACGAAAAGCUGUUGAUGUUGGUUACAGCUUGAAGAAGACUGAAGAUGAAGGCUGCAGAAUAAAGUCAACACUUACACGAUUUUACGUGUUUUAUUUAUAGCAUAUAUAGAUUUUUACUUUUGCUAUUUAUUAGUUUUUCCUUAGUUGCUUUUUACUUGGUUGUAAAUGUUUGGUUAGUUUAGUUGAUUUCCUAUUGGUCAGAGGUUCUGUAUAUAAAGCACUGUUGCAAUAACUCUUUUCAAUAGAUGAAGAUAUACACUUUUUUCUUCA